UCCUCUCCAACAGUUGCUAUAUAUAUAUAUUUUUUUUUUAGUAGCACCUAUUCUAGUGGGUGUGAGAAGGUAUUUCAUUUUGGUUUUGAUUUGCAUUUCCCUGAUGGCUGAUGGUUUUGAGAAUCUUCGCAUGCUGUGUACACUACUAUCAUUAGCAAUAUAUCAAGUAUUGGAAGCUAGAAGUCAACAUCAAGAUAUUGGCUUGGCUUGCUUUCUCGUGGAGUCAGUAGUGUUUCAGCAAUCCUCAGUCACAGGUGCUCUAUGCCCAGGUCUCUGUGGCUGGGCUGCUCCAGCCUGGCGGACAGCAUGCCUUCGCUGCGGUGCCUGUAUAACCCAGGGACUGGCGCACUUACAGCUUUCCAGAAUUCCUCAGAGAGAGAAGACUGUAAUAAUGGCGAACCCCCUAGGAAGAUAAUACCAGAGAAGAAUUCACUUAGACAGACUUACAACAGCUGUGCCAGACUCUGCUUAAACCAGGAAACAGUAUGUCUAGCAAGCACUGCUAUGAAGACUGAAAAUUGUGUGGCCAAAACAAAACUUGCCAAUGGCACUUCCAGUAUGAUUGUACCCAAGCAACGGAAACUCUCGGCAAGCUAUGAAAAGGAAAAGGAACUGUGUGUCAAAUAUUUUGAACAGUGGUCAGAGUCUGAUCAAGUGGAAUUUGUGGAACAUCUUAUAUCCCAAAUGUGUCAUUACCAACAUGGACACAUAAAUUCAUAUCUUAAACCUAUGUUGCAGAGGGAUUUCAUAACUGCUCUGCCAGCUCGGGGUUUGGAUCACAUUGCUGAGAACAUUCUGUCAUACCUGGAUGCCAAAUCACUAUGUGCUGCUGAACUUGUGUGCAAAGAAUGGUACCGAGUGACAUCUGAUGGCAUGUUAUGGAAGAAGCUCAUCGAGAGAAUGGUCAGGACAGAUUCUCUGUGGAGAGGCCUGGCAGAACGGAGAGGGUGGGGACAGUAUUUAUUCAAAAACAAACCUCCUGAUGGGACUGCUCCUCCUAACUCUUUUUAUAGAGCACUUUAUCCUAAAAUUAUACAAGAUAUUGAGACAAUAGAGUCUAAUUGGAGAUGUGGAAGGCAUAGUUUACAGAGAAUCCACUGCCGAAGUGAAACAAGCAAAGGAGUUUACUGUUUACAGUAUGAUGAUCAAAAGAUAGUAAGCGGCCUUCGAGAUAACACAAUCAAGAUCUGGGAUAAAAGUACAUUGGAAUGCAAGCGCAUUCUCACGGGCCACACGGGUUCUGUCCUGUGCCUCCAGUAUGACGAGAGGGUGAUCAUAACUGGAUCAUCGGAUUCCACGGUCAGAGUGUGGGACGUAAAUACAGGUGAAAUGCUAAACACGCUGAUUCACCAUUGUGAAGCAGUUCUACACUUGCGUUUCAAUAAUGGCAUGAUGGUGACCUGCUCCAAAGACCGUUCCAUUGCUGUAUGGGAUAUGGCCUCCCCAACUGACAUUACCCUCCGAAGGGUGCUGGUUGGACACCGAGCUGCUGUCAAUGUUGUUGACUUUGAUGACAAGUACAUUGUUUCUGCAUCUGGGGAUAGGACUAUAAAGGUAUGGAACACAAGUACUUGUGAGUUUGUGAGGACUUUAAAUGGGCACAAACGCGGCAUUGCCUGUUUGCAGUACAGAGACAGGCUGGUAGUGAGUGGCUCAUCUGACAACACUAUCAGAUUAUGGGAUAUAGAAUGUGGCGCAUGUUUACGAGUAUUAGAAGGCCAUGAGGAAUUGGUGCGCUGUAUUCGAUUUGAUAACAAGAGAAUAGUCAGUGGGGCUUAUGAUGGAAAAAUUAAAGUGUGGGAUCUUGUGGCUGCUUUGGACCCCCGUGCUCCUGCAGGAACACUCUGUCUACGGACCCUUGUGGAGCAUUCUGGAAGAGUUUUCCGACUCCAGUUUGAUGAAUUCCAGAUUGUCAGUAGUUCACAUGAUGACACAAUUCUCAUCUGGGACUUUCUAAAUGAUCCAGCUUCCCAAGCCGAACCCCCCCAUUCCCCUUCUCGAACAUACACCUAUAUCUCCAGAUAAAUAAUCGUACACUGACCUCAUACUUGCCCAGGACUCAUUAAAGUUGCGGUAUUUAAUGUAUCUACCAAUGCCAGGACAAGCAACAACAGUAACGAUCAAACUCCUACCCUGUUUCCCCGGACUAGCCGAGGAGCUGGGCUUUGAGAUUCCUGUUGGGACACAGUUGGUCCGCAGUCGACCCAGGAUGGUCUACUCAGCACAGCUGACUGCUUCCAUGCUGCUAUCAGAAGAUGUCUUUUAUCUUUCAUGAAUGAUUGGAACUUUUAAACCUCACCACCCCUUCCCUCCUCCUUUCCCCUCUGCACCUGUUUUGCCCCAUUUGGUUCCAUACAAAGAUGACCUAUAAAUAUAUUUAGUGUUUUGCCAGAAUCUCUCUUGCUUUGCGUUAAGCAGAAGAACUAGUUUCCCUGUGUAGCCUACUAGGAGGACCCACUUCUGGGAGCCAAAGGGAUGCAACUUAAGCCAGGGUCUCCGUGUGAACUACAGGAAAUGUUCAGCAUCUGGCAAGAUCAACCCACCCCCACCUCACUUAGGAGGAGACAGAACUCUCUGUAUAGUACCAGGGCAAGAAAGAAAGAAUACAAGAAUGCCCACUUUGGAAGAUCUGGGUCUCUUUCCUUCUCUUUCUCUGUUUCUGUCCCUCUUCCCCCUCCUACUUCAACCUGUUUCUCUACUCUACCCAAAAGAAAGUGUGUGAAGAAAGUGUCCUCAGUUAGAAUGAGGCAAAUCAGGGAGAAAUGCAAAACUUGGAAGAGUCAAAGGCUGUUUAGUCAAAAUUUGAAAUCCAGGCUUUUGCUGCAAGUGACCCUAUGUGGCAACAGUGGCUUCUUGGACAUGGUACUCUCAUCAUACUGGCAACUCUGCUCUCUUUUCCUUCUCCCCCCACCCCCCCAAAAAAAUGGCAGAAAUUUCCUGGGCUCCAUCAAUGGCUGCAUCUUAUCUGGACCCAGCAGUCUCCCCGAUUCCAUGUAGAGUGUGGAAAGGAGUUGCUGAUUGCAUUUCCUCUCAUUAACAAUUAGAUGUGUAAUAAAGAGCAUUGUACUUCAUCUGAAAUCACUGGUAAAGCUCAGCCUACAGAAAGAUUUGAAAUGGCCAGGGCCAGUCACUCAGUGCACUCUGCAUAAUGGUUCACAUCUCUGAUUUCCUCAUCAGGGCACAUGAGCAUCCAAGCGCCUGUAUAUUUGCCAAGACCAUGAUCAGGGUAGCGUAUGAGAUGGUCAGGAGUAAAAGUUGAUUUCUAUUUCAUUUACCCAUCUCUCAAAAUUCAGUCACAACCUUGUACUGAAGAACCUUCUUUCUGCUUUUCCCAAAUCUGUAUUUACAAAAGGGCAGAGCUGCCGGAGAGGGGGGAUCAGGGUGAAGUUUGGCACACAGGGUUUUAUUAGUAGGGCAGAAAUUGCCUUCUCUUUCCUUUUCUUCCUCCUCCUGGCCUUAUUUUGCCCUUCACCUCCCCAACCAAUAAAAUUUCUCUGGCCGUUGGAGAACAGCAUGAACGAAUGGACCUCGGUAAUGAGGAAGUCAGUUGUCUGGGCUUUCAAGCCAGCGGGCUUCAGGUACAAGGGCACAUUUGCCACACCAACCUGGUAGCACAGGGUAUACAGUUAACGUGUGCUCAGCUUGCUUCUAAGGGCAUGAGUAGACUGCCCGAGCCACCUUACUCGGCAUGGGGACACCCAGCAAAGGCCCCAAGGCCACAGUGCAAUCUCAAGUUUCCCUUGGAAGCUGGGCAGCCAGGCCCAUUGUUUCCAUUCCUAAUCAAAGCAUUGAAUAAAAGAAAGCCACUUUUUAAUCAGCUGCUGUGAAAACAGUAGAAUGGGAGGCAGUUGCCGGUGACCUCAAAGCCAGGCCACCUUUAGUAGUUCAGCAUGCCGGAAUGAGGGGAGAAAGUUAUCUUCACUCUUCCCUUUGAUUUGCAAGAAGGUAGGCUCUUUUCCCAAAAUGUACCCAGACUGAAUGUUGUUAUUCUGUAAUGAGAGGUAGAUUAUACAUAUGCAUUUAGAGUACUUUUAAGCUUUUGUUUCUAGGUUAUAUUCAGAAAAUAUUUCCCAGUGUAAAGACUCAUCAUUAUCUAGAAAAUAUUUUCUGAAUACAAUCCCCUUCCCAGCUACCCAAAAGCUACAGAGAAAUGUUUUCUGUUUAGUCACCAUCAGGGUUCCUUGUCUAUUGUGUUGAUUAUGAAUGGCUUUUUGAUUGAUUAAGGAUUUUGCUACAGAUGAAGGCAGGAGCUGUCAGCCCUGAAAAACACAUGGGUCAGACAUUAAAGAGGCAUGGAUUUCUAAUCGUUUCAAAAUAUUGUCCAAUAGCCAUAACUUUACUAGCCCUUCUUUUAUAUGCUGCUAUUCAAAAGUGGGAGCUGUUGAAUUUUCACUGGUGCCCAAGGUUUUGCUCUCCCAUCUAGGUUAAGUUAACGUAUAUUGUUCCCAAGACAGUUUUGAAGCUUGUCCAGCACAUCGUAAAUGAGAUCAAAGGUGGACCCUGCAGAUCUGGAGCUAUUAGCUCAGUUGAGGAUAUUCUACAAGUUGUCCUCUCUGCUGUUGAUGAAAAUGGGAAUGAAUUAAGUGGUCUGAAAAACUUGAAUUGUUCACAUUUGUCAGCUCUGGGGGUCAUUUACCAGUUCAUUGUAGAAGAAAUAAUCAGGUAAGUAGAAGUUCAUUUCCAGAGAAGGUAAAACCCACUUACCAUCUCUGCAUGAUUUCAGUGGGAAUUGAUUAUCACUACUCCCCAACUGGGCUAGCAUAAAUGUUAAGUUUGACCUUUUGAAAAAGAAAAGAGAAACAAAGAAAGUCUCAGCACAUCUAAUGGAGAGGUAGAAAAGGAGCUGGAGGUGUCCCUUGGCUCUGAAAUGAAAUAUCUCCAUUGUAGGUUAGUCUCUUCUCACUAAAGUUCUCCUUCCAACAUGGAGCCUGAAAAGCCUUUCUUAAAGAUGGGAGGAAACCCUGUCCAAGGUGGGUGAGGAGCAUGUGUAUGCACCUGCACCGUUAUGGGCAUGUGCGACCCCUCAGUCAACACUCGGGCCGCUUGGGCAGAAACAGCAUGCCUUGAUAUACGUGUAUAUUUUCACUGCUAAGAACACCCUUUUGCUUUAUAUGCAGUUUGAAAGUGGACAUGCAUUAUGAAUGGAAGUCCUUCUACACUCGUUCCUUAGCAAAAGUCUUUCUGAUGACUCCUUUACAGACAGGGGCUCUCUUUGGAACUCUGUUGACAAGUAAUAAAGUCUGGCUUUUGUAACUUGUUUCUGAACUGGAAAAAACGCUGAGGCCCCUAAAUCAUUCUGGGUUUGUUUUUUGCUUAAGUAUAAAAAAAUCCUUUUUUCCCCUUUUUUGUACAAUCAAAAGCUGAAGAGAAGAAAAUGUGCAACCCUUUCCCUUGCCAUCUCCUGGUACCCAUUAGUCUGAAAAGCUGUGGUUGGGCCACUUAUUUAGCAUUUGAUUGCUUUUGGAAUCAGAGGGCUAGGUGUGGAGGGGGCUGGAGUGGAGAACAUUGGAAAUAUUUGGGGUUGCUUUUUCUUUCCUAGAAUUGGAUUAGAUACCUUGGUAUUAUUGACCUUCUCAGCGUCUUCCAUUUACCUUAGAUGGUAGUAUCUUCUUUCCUGGAGUAGAAACAGUCUAAAUUAGAAUAGUGCAUGCCUGAGGGGCUUGAUUUUAGAGGAAACCAAAGUACUUACAGGUGCGAAAAGGGAUGCUUAGAUACCUACCCCUGUGCCCAACACAUGCUGUGGUCAUCAAGCUUCCCUUAUGACUGUGAUCCCCAUUUCUGACAUCUUUCCCCAUUUGGAUGAGUUCAACAGACUUUCCAGGAGGUGAAGAGCAUGAAAAAGUGCACUUGCUUCUCCUUCCCCUCCUCUCUUCCCUCCUAGAAUAAUUAGUCCCUAAGAAGUCCUCCCGGAGACUGCAGGCUGCGUUAAUCUCCCUGGGCUUCAUCCACACACAGCUGACCACAGACAGACCAGAGCCUCUUACUUUAACCACAGUUUCAACCUAUUUAGUGCCAGAAAGACAGCCAUCUCUUAGAGGAAACCAGGCUGAGUUGUGCUUUUUGUUAUGUUUACCUGUAGUUCAUUUGUGACUUCAGAACCCUUGGAAACUGAGGAGAGAAACCAAAAGAGCAUGGUUACGGCUGCCCGAUUCCAGGUGGAACUUAAGCAUUGAUAUCUAGAAACCUCUUCUGUUGGAAGUUGAGUACUAUAAUCUAAACAUUCCUGCAGGCAGAUGAUGUCUGAAAUAACGUGCUUUCCAACCAAGCCAGCUGGCUCUCUUGGCUCCUUCCUUAUUGCGUGGUGUGUGUGUGUGUGUGUGUGUGUUUCAAGGAUCAGUGCAGUGAAUGAUGUUAUAACGUGCUACCUUCCCUCCUACCCCUUUUCCUGGAACACUGAAAAGGAAAAGACCAGCUUGGGUGAGGUGGGGGGUUAGACCUCUGGGUACCAAGGAAACGAAUACCUUCCCAAAUCAGUGAACACUUGAGGCCAACCCAGACUGAUCUGACAGAUAUUCAGUGGACUCCAGCUAUGGGGAUCGGCCUGGCAACAAAUGUGAGCUUCCCUGAGAGCUUUUGGUUGUUUUAGCCCUUUGUUCUAGACUCUUUAAGUACUGACUGCGUUGACUUUUGUGAUUAUGUCAUGGUGAUGUGUACUCACUGUACCAAUAUGUUCACAACCUAGAAUCAUGGUAAUAUAAUGUGUUUUGUUUUGUUUUGUUUUUUUAAUUGUUCAGAAAAAAGUAAUUUAAAUUACAAAUAUAAGAUUAAACUGAA